AUGAAAUGUACAGCAGCUCGUGGCGGCACAACAAGUGAAGAACCCGUUGAAGAACAUGAUAGUGGGUUUGUAGGGCCUAUGACAUUAUUUGAUACGUUUCGCUAUAAUGAUACUUUUGAGGAAACAAGAGAAUUAAAUAUAGUUUGUAGCCCAGCGAACUCAACAGCUGAAGUUCAUACAUUUAUUCAUAAUCGACAAGAUUACGAGGUAAUUAAAACGGAGGAUAUUUUCCUUAAAGCAUCAAUUAAAUUAAAACGGCUUCUGCCUACAUAGCUGACGAUCGACAGGUGUCGUUAAAUAUGUGACCCUUACGCUUCGGGUGGAAAUCUGCAGAAGUUUAUCUAAAUAAUCAAUUGGUAUCUGCACAAUGUAGUAAUGAAAAUGAAUUGGCGCAUGAAGGAAAUGACUAUAAACUAUUGAUAAAGAAACAAAAUAUGCUAGAAAAGAAAGUUAAGCUACUGACACAUGACACCAAACAAAAAGAGAAUGGCACCCUAAACCAAACAGACCAAGAAGCACCAACUACUCCAUCUACCGACAUGAAUAUGAGCACACCUAUUAGCACACCAAAUUGCGAAAAGGAAACCCCAACUGGAACCAACAACAGUACAUCUCCCACUACACCAAUACCAUCUACAGAAGAGCAACCAUUAACAAUCCACUACACAAUCCCAAUAAGCAAUAUGUUCAACCCACUAGAUAAUGACUGUGAAGAAAAUGGAAAACCCACAACAAAGAAAACUGUCACUGCUGAAACAAUUAUACUGUGUGACUCAAAUGGAAAACACUUAGAUCCGAAACUUCUUUGCUCUGGCUCACCUACCCAAUACAUAAGAUGCCCAACAGUAAAUGGAGCUACAAAAAUACUCGAUGAGUAUGAGUUUACCUCCCCUCAGACCUUCGUCAUCCAUUCGGGAACCAAUGACAUUGAAACUACCAAUUGCAAAGAAGUCUGCGACAAACUUACAACCCUAACUAAGUACAUAACUACAAAAUACCCAAACUGCCGAAUCUUACUUUCAAGUCUCCUUCCUCGAUCCGACCAUCUUCUACAACGAGUUCAACUGCUGAAUAGCGAGAUUGAAAAGAUAAAGAUCCAAUCACCAAACAUAAUUCAUGUGAAACACCAUAACCUCUUCAGAUCCACAAACAUCUUAUAUGACAAAAAACACUUAAACCAGAAAGGUGUCAAGUUGUUUGCCAAGAAUUUGAAAGGGGCUUUCUUUGCCAGAAAGAAAAACAAAACAAAGCAGCAACAUGCCCACAGCAACCUCUAUAACUACCAUUACCCUGGAAGAGACCAUCAUCAUCUGAUGCCUCGAAACUAUCCACCCCCGAGCUUCCAACCACCGACAUUUCAUCAACCACGACCACCAACAUUCCAUCGGCCACAACCACCAACAUUCCAUCUCCCUCAGUCACAUCAACCAACACUCGGCCAUCCAAAUAAAUCAUGGGCUAGUGUGGUGUCCGAACCAAAGUUGGACAGUGAGACCCUACCUGCACGCUUAAAGGAAAUUAUUAAUGUCCUCCAUGGUUUCAUCCAAUGA